AGCAGCAGCGGAGGAAUAUCGGGGAGACACACCGGUUGUCUGUUGGGUUGCAGCAGGUUGGAGAUCUCCGUGCACCAUGCCUCCCUCCGAGGCGCCCUGUGACUGAUCUGGAUACACGCGCUGCAGACAGCUGAACCCCAAUGGGAUACAGGAAUAUGUGUACUCGUGCUGUUUGAGAAGCCACAAUAACAUUGAUCGUAUUGACGCGUGGUUCUGGAUAAAGGAGCUGUGCGCAUGGGAACAUCGGACUGGAAUGCCAACAAGAUAACUCUGGGGCUUCAAGAUCUUGAUGUAAUUCGACUCCUGAUUCAACUCCAUCUCACUGCACUGAAAGACCUAAUAAGCAGAAAGUCUGGUUGAUGACUACAACAAACUUUCUCCUAAAAUCAUCAGCCCCUCCUCCUUUGCUACCCCAGCAUGGCUAGACGGAGGUUAGACUGCCCACUUCUAGGCCAGGCUUUUUCUGGCCUGAUAUUGGUUUCGUUAGGACUAUCCUUCGUCCAGAGCAAUGAGUGCCCUCAGCUGUGUGUAUGUGAGAUCCGGCCCUGGUUUACCCCCCAGUCCACCUACAGAGAGGCCAUCACUGUGGACUGCAAUGACCUUCGCCUAACACGUAUACCGGCAAACCUCUCCAGUGACACUCAGGUUAUCCUCCUACAAAGCAACUACAUUGGUAGGACCAAUGAUGAACUGGAGCAGCUCUACAACCUGACCGAGCUGGACUUGUCCCAGAACAACUUCAGUAACAUUCGGGAUGUUGGCCUUAACAAUAUGUCCCAGCUCACCACGCUUCAUCUGGAAGAGAACCAGAUCACAGAAAUGCCAGACUACUCUCUGCAGGACCUUAGCAACCUGCAGGAGCUCUACAUUAACCACAAUCAGAUCAACACCAUUUCUGCCAAUGCCUUAUUUGGGCUGCACAACUUGCUCAGGCUGCACCUCAACUCCAACAAGCUCACGGCCAUUAACGGCCAGUGGUUUGAAUCCACGCCCAACUUAGAAAUACUAAUGAUUGGGGAGAACCCAGUGGUUGGAAUAAUGGACUUCAAUUUCAAGCCACUGGGCAACCUUAGAAGCCUGGUUUUGGCUGGGAUGGAUUUGACCGACGUCCCUGGUAAUGCCUUUGUGGGACUUGACAAUCUUGAGAGUCUCUCUUUCUAUGACAAUAAGCUGGUCCAAGUUCCUCAGAGAGCACUUCAGAAACUACCUAACCUCAAGUUCUUGGAUUUGAACAAAAACCCAGUGCAUAAGAUUCAGGAAGGAGACUUCAAGAACAUGCUGAGAUUGAAGGAACUGGGUAUCAACAACAUGGGAGAGCUGGUUUCUAUUGACCGGUAUUCUCUGGACAAUCUUCCUGAGCUCUCAAAGCUUGAGGCUACAAACAACCCCAAGUUAUCUUACAUCAACCGUCAGGCCUUUCGUGAUGUCCCAGCCUUGGAGAGUCUAAUGCUGAAUAACAACGCCCUGAAUGCCCUCUAUCAGUCCACAGUGGAUUCUCUCCCUAACUUGCGUGAGAUUAGCAUCCACACCAAUCCUCUGCGGUGUGACUGCGUCAUUCAGUGGAUGAGCUCCAACAAAACCACCGUCCGUUUCAUGGAACCACUAUCCAUGUUUUGUGCCCUUCCAACAGAAGUAAGGGGAUUGCCUGUGCGGGAGGUACUCCAACAUAAUUUAGCAAACCAGUGCCUGCCCUUGAUUUCACAUGAUACAUUCCCAAGCCACCUGAACCUUGAUAUUGGCAUGACGUUGGACUUGGACUGCAGAGCGAUGUCCCAGCCAGAGCCUGAAAUCUAUUGGGUGACACCAAUGGGGAUCAAGGUAAUGAUGGACACCUUAUCUGACAAGUAUAGCCUCAGCAAGGAAGGGACAUUAAGAAUUUCUCGUAUCCAAGUUGAAGAAUCUGGCAGAUACACCUGUGUGGCGCAAAAUUCCCAGGGAGCUGACACAAGAGUGACAGCUAUACGGGUGAACGGCACUCUGUUAGACAGCACUCAGCUCAUGAGUAUCUACGUCAAACAAACAGAGGCUCACUCUAUCCUGGUGUCCUGGAAAAUAAACUCCAAUGUAAUGACUUCUAAUCUCAAGUGGUCUUCUGCCACCAUGAAAAUAGACAAUCCACAUAUUACUUACACUGCCAGGGUUCCUGUUGAUGUCCACGAGUACAACCUUACGCAUUUACAACCAGCAACUGAGUACGAAGUGUGCCUCAGCGUGUCCAACAUCCGCCAACAAACACAGAGAUCCUGUGUGAAUGUUACGACAAGGCAAGCCCCCUUCGCUGUGGAAAUAUCCGAACAAGGGACCAACACAGCUCUUGCUGCAGUUAUGGGAACAAUGUUUGCAAUCAUCAGUCUGGCCUCACUGGGAAUUUACAUUGCCAAGCGGUGGAAGAGGAAAAACUAUCACCAUUCUCUGAAAAAGUACAUGCAGAAAACCUCGUCAAUACCGCUAAACGAGUUGUACCCUCCUCUUAUCAACUUGUGGGAGACAGACAGUGAGAAGGAGAAAGAGGGCUCAUCUGAGACCAAAACCAUUCAGGUGGACACCACGCGCAGCUAUUACAUGUGGUGAGAUCUUCUAUCCAGUGGGAGAAAAAGAGACAUUUCAGGAGCACAAAUAUACAUGUUUGCUUCUUUGUGUAAUUUAACUCAAGUCAAUCAUUUUUUCUUUCAUGUUUCCUGUUUGUUUUUUUGGUUCUCUCAGACUUGCUUUUUGAAAGCGAAGGACGAACUGGGAUUUUUAGUUUAGCAUAUUGCCUUUUUAACUCUUGCCCAUUUUGACACAAUAUGGCAGCGUUAUUUAGCUUCCUGAACUUAGUAGUCACUGUGCUUUAUUUUUAGUACUUGUUUUAACAAACACAGCAUGAGCACUGUCACGGAUUCAGCAUACGCAAGCAAAUGAAGAGCUGAAAUCCUACCUGUUUUUGACAUGUUUCUAUGGCGAUAUGUUAGACUGCCAAUCUUUCUUUCUCUUGUAAAACAGUUUCACUGUUGACUGUUGUGCACUGAAAUAUAUAUAUAUAUAUACUAAUUUGUCUAUCAACUCAAAUAUAAGCUGACAAAGUACGUUUAGACUUGAUAUACUGUCUAUUGAAUAAUGUUAGCAAUUCCUCUGUAAUGUUGUAUCAGCUAUGACUUGUUUUACUUUUUGUACAUUCAAUGAUUACAAUAACAUAAUAAGUAUGUUUAAUUUAGACUUUAAGUUUGCAGAGCAGCUACUGUAAACCAGCAAUAGAAAUAUGAAUGUUAUGAACUAGGUAAAUAGAUGUAAGGCUUUUUAAACUUCUUAAAUAUUUCUUUUCUUAUUUUGCUAGAAUAUGUCUACAAUCACUGGUUUUGUUGUGGUUUACAGACACAAACAUGUUGUUUAUUGGGGGGCAAAUUCAAUAAAAUCUUUUUUCCUCAUA